GAAGAGGGGGAGUGAGAGAAGAGGCAGGGAGCGAGUGAGUGAGCAAGAAACAGUGAGAGAGUGAGAGAAAAAGAGAGAGAACUGCAGCCAGGAGAACUAGAUCAGAUUGCAAAGAUUGAUAGAGGGGCUGUUCAGCUAAUAAGCAGAGUUAAUUUUCUCUCUUUAAUUCUCCAGUUUUAUGGGAAAUGUGACGAGGGACUUAAAUGUGUCUAAAGAUUGUGACUGAAUAGAAGUGCUGAAGGAGUUCAUAAGAUGGGGAUACAAAACCUUUUUUCCACAUUUGGAAGUUCUCAGAUACCUUUUUUACGCCCAGCAGCAGAGGACAAACUGAGGACGGAGUGAUUCAGUCAGAAAAAGAAAAGUCACCAGUUUUUCAUCGUUUUUGUCUUUGUGGGGACCGACUGACACCUGGUGCAUUUAUUGUAUGUCGGGGAAACUCCCUGACUGAAACCAACAGAGGAAGGAUAGAAAACAGAAAUAGAGAUCAACAAUGAAGAAAUUCAAAGGGUUUCUGUGCCUGUGGCUCAAAAGGAUGGAGUGGUUCUACCCUUAGGAAUCACAGAGAGAGAGAGACCAGCUCUGGUGGCUUAAACUCAGAGGGAAGAAUGAUGCUUCAGUUUGGCUAGCUGGUAUAUGAACUAGGAGGAUACUGUAUUUCAGCUCUAAAGUGGGGGAAGAAAAGACCAGGUGGAUAAUAUAAGGCAGUGGUCUGCCAAGAGUACAACACCCAAAAGCACACCUCCACCUUCACCUUCUGAGAUGGGGCUCUGGCAGUGAUACCCCUGGGAAGGGCCUUUGAGUGAUCACACAUUGGGACUCAAGGAUUUCCCACUUACUCCGACACUGCAGCCCGGCCUACGUGGCCAGCAUGAGCGUUGGGCGGAUCAACCGUUACAGCAUCGUGUCGUCCGAGGAGGAGGCACUGCGCCUCACCAAUAUGCACAGCAGCAGCGGUGGCGGCAUGAACGGCUUCGGCAACGGCAAGAUCCACACACGCCAUAAGGUCCGCAACCGCUUUGUCAAGAAGAAUGGCCAGUGCAACGUGCAGUUCGCCAACAUGGAGGACAAGUCAUCUCGCUACAUGGCCGACCUUUUCACCACGUGCGUGGACAUCCGUUGGCGCUACAUGCUGGUGCUGUUCACACUGGUGUUCGUGCUGUCCUGGCUGGCCUUUGGCCUGGCCUUCUGGGUUAUAGCAUUGCUCCACGGCGACCUGGACAACCCGGCCGGAGACGACAACUUCACACCUUGCGUCCUGCAGGUCAACGGCUUCGUGGCCGCCUUCCUGUUCUCCAUCGAGACCCAGUCAACCAUCGGCUACGGCUACCGCUGUGUGACAGAGGAGUGUCCGGUCGCCGUGUUCAUGGUGGUCUUCCAGUCCAUCAUUAGCUGCAUCAUCGACUGCUUCAUGAUCGGCGCCAUCAUGGCCAAGAUGGCAAGGCCCAAGAAACGUGCGCGGACACUACUGUUCAGCCACAACGCAGUGAUCUCUUUGCGCGACAGCAAGCUGUGCCUCAUGUGGAGGGUGGGGAACCUAAGGAAGAGUCACAUCGUAGAGGCCCAUGUCAGAGCUCAGCUCAUCAAACCCCGGAUCACUGACGAAGGGGAGUAUAUCCCCCUGGACCAAGUAGACAUCAAUGUGGGCUUUGACAAAGGCCUGGACAGGAUUUUCUUGGUUUCUCCCAUUACGAUUAUCCAUGAGAUCAAUGAGGAUAGUCCACUCUAUGGGAUCAGGAAAAAUGACCUGGAUACGGCGGAUUUUGAGAUUGUGGUCAUACUGGAAGGGAUGGUCGAGGCAACCGCCAUGACCACGCAGGCCCGCAGCUCCUACCUGGCUACGGAGGUACUGUGGGGUUACCGGUUCGAGCCAGUGCUCUUUGAGGAGAAGAACCUGUACAAGGUGGAUUACUCUCACUUUCACAAGACCUACGAGGUACCGUCCACCCCGUGCUGCAGUGCCAAGGACAUGGUGGAGAACAAGUUCCUGGUGCCCACCUCCAACUCCUUCUGUUACGAGAACGAGCUGGCCUUUCUCAGCCGGGAUGAGGAUGAGGAAGAGGAGGUGGUGGGCAUGGGCAUGGGCAUGGGCAGUGGUUCGUUCAGAGCGUUGGCCAACCUGAACAGUCCGGGGCGGAACAAUCGACACGAGUUUGAGCGGCUACAGACCACCAGGGGACUGGACCAAAGGUCGUACCGCAGGGAGUCGGAGAUAUGACCUCUGCACUACCUGGGGUCAACUUCGAUACGUUGUCUUUCCUUCCAAGGGUAAAAAUGCAGAACAAUGCGCAGUGCCAUAGGAAAAGCUGUCUACUGUAAUAGGAUGUAAAGUACAUGAGGGGACAGUGAAAGGGCAAGCGGGACACUGGAAAAAGUGCAAACGUAUGCAGCAUGCAAAACUGUGGUAAAGAAUGUCCACAGGACCACAACAAAAGGAAAAGACCAGCGAAGGACAUUGUUCCUUCAUGGAAACUUGAAUCUUCAUUUUUUCAUUUGAGUUGAGAGUGUUUAAUGAUGCAUCGAACAGGUAUAAUGACAAGACCAAAUAAUCAGGACCUAGGUGUAAAUAUUAUUGCUUAGAUAAGUUAUGUUUCAUGUGGAGUAAUAUUUUAAAAAACAUCUUUAAAAAAUGAUUUUUAGCUAGUUCAAGUUGCUAUUGGGCACAAAUGGCAGCGUUACAGUUUAAAGCUACAUAUAAGCUUCCAACAUUGCUGGGAUUCACAAUCGCUGGAACUGAGUUCGAUGACACGUUGAAAAUUCCUGUAAAAGUUCACUGCAACAUUCAGAAGCAAUGAGCCAUGCUAAAUGAUCUAACCAUCCACGAGCCACUGAUGCACAACACAGUUUCACAACGUGGAUUUCAUUUGAACCAUUUGUGAUGAAUAGAUAUCAUUUGCACUACAAGCAGAACGUAAGAGUAGGCCCUAUAGUAAUGCAAUAAAUUAAUUUUAUUACAUUUUAUUGUUCAUUUUGAUGCCCCUUGCUUAAAACAUUAAAGUAACACAGGAUUAUUCUAACCUCAACAAAUUUUGAAACAACUAAGUUGUUGAUAUGGAAAAUAUCAUUACAUUUCAUCAUUAUUUUGAUUAUUCUCUUUACAACGAAUCUAUGCACAUCAUUAAUGUUAUCAGGAGACAGAAACUCAAUGGAGAUGAUGCAAUCCAAUCAUCAUUGCAUAAUUCUACAAAGAGAACGGGUUUGAUGAAAGUAUGUCUGAACUCAAUGAGAAUUGAAGGGCUUCACAUGUAAAAAGAAUUUACCCUCUAUUACACUGCAUGACCAAAAGUAUGUGGAAACCUGCUCAUUGAGCAUCUCAUUCCAAAGUCAUGGGCAUUAAUAUGGAGUUGGUUCCCCCUUUGCUGCUAUAACAGCCUCCACUC